GCCUGUGUUUAGCUAGUCGACAAUAAGAGGCGUCGUUUGGUGCGGGAGCUUGUUAAGGGACAAAACGGGGUGGAAUUCGAGUGAAUUGAAGAGGCGAAGCGGGGUAAUGUAGUUCGUCAAGUAGCUAACAAAGUUGUUGCUAAGGGACACGCGAGUCAAUCCGCAACGGCGUGAAGGGUUGGGCUGGCGGAUUGAUAUUCAAAUAAGUCGUCAGGUGUGCUGUAAAUCUUUUCGAAAUAGCGCGUCAACCAAUCAGAGCUGAAGAAGACGGACUACUUUUUUGGGGAUGCCACAACACACCUUCGAAGCCACCUCGGACGAAUGACGGCUACAAGCGGACGGCUAGCUUGACCGAGACGUGCUGCGUUCACGUCACGAAAACUCCGUCGGACCUUCGUGACCUCGAGUCCGUGCAUUCUCGACAACGUUUAUUUAGGGGGGGGAUGGCACGGCUUUGUCAUGUAAAAGGUGGUGGGGCAGACCCAAUGCCACGCAAGCAACGCUGGAGAGCAAGUUUACGAUGAUGGGACCGCGAUUAGGGACGGGGACGCAGGCAGAGGCAGCCAUGAGCCCUCCACGCCGAUCAUCGAUUUCCCAUGGUGACAGCAGGCCCUCUACCGAGACCUUGCAGAGGAACAACAGCAGCAACUCUGGAGUUAUUUUGGACAUAUCGACUCUUAAGAUGGCUGAAGUGGAUACCGAGGUGCCUCCCCUUCCACCUCGCUACCGCUUCAGAGACCUCCUGCUGGGUGACCAGACAUUUCAGAAUGAUGACAGGGUACAGGUGGAGUUCUACGUGAACGAAAACACCUUCAAGGAGAGGCUGAAACUUUUCUUCAUUAAAAAUCAAAGGUCAAGCUUGAGGAUCCGGCUGUUCAACUUUUCCUUGAAGAUCCUCACCUGCGCCCUCUACAUAGUGAGAGUCAGCCUGGACGACCUCAAGGAGACCAAUGGAAACCCAUGUGCAAUCAUUCGCAACUCCAGCUGGCCAAAUUCAGCAGCAGAGUCACCAGAAAUCAACUGGAAGUUGAUUUUCUGGGUGACCAGACCUGAUCCAUUGUGGGCAAUACAGGUGACAGUGGCUUUAAUCAGUUUUCUGGAGACCAUGCUGAUCACAUAUCUCAGCUACAAGGGCAACAUUUGGGAGCAGAUAUUCCAGAUAUCCUUCAUAUUGGAGAUGAUCAACACGGUGCCAUUUAUUAUCACAAUCUUCUGGCCUCCUUUACGAAACAUAUUUGUUCCCGUUUUUCUUAACUGCUGGCUAGCCAAAGGGGCGCUGGAAAACAUGAUUAAUGACUUCCACCGCGCUAUCCAGAGGACACACUCGGCCAUGUUCAACCAGGUGUUUAUCCUCAUCUGCACUUUACUGUGUCUGGUUUUCACCGGAGCUUGUGGCAUCCAGCACCUGGAGAGAGCUGGAAAGAACCUGACCCUGUUUGACUCCUUUUACUUCUGCAUCGUGACCUUCUCCACCGUGGGCUACGGAGAUGUGACGCCACAGAUUUGGCCCUCGCAGCUACUGGUGGUCAUCCUCAUCUGUGUGGCCCUGGUGGUGCUCCCGCUACAGUUUGAAGAGCUUGCAUACCUGUGGAUGGAGAGCCAGAAAUUAGGCGGGAACUACAGUCGCCACCGAGCACAGACGGAGAAGCACGUGGUCUUGUGUGUCAGCUCGUUGAAGAUAGACCUGCUGAUGGAUUUCCUCAAUGAGUUCUAUGCCCACCCCAGGUUACAGGAUUAUUAUGUGGUGAUCCUAUGCCCAACUGAUAUAGACAUUCAGGUUCGCCGCAUCCUCCAGAUACCUUUAUGGUCCCAGAGGGUCAUCUAUCUUCAAGGGUCCGCCCUCAAAGACCAGGACCUGAUGAGGGCCAAAAUGGACGAUGCCGAGGCGUGUUUCAUUCUCAGCAGCAGAAACGAGGGUGACCGAACCGCUGCAGAUCAUCAGACUAUUUUGAGGGCUUGGGCUGCCAAGGACUUUGCUCCUAACUGUCCGCUCUAUGUACAGAUUCUCAAACCAGAAAACAAAUUCCAUGUUAAAUUUGCUGAUCAUGUUGUAUGUGAAGAGGAAUUCAAGUACGCCAUGCUUGCACUGAACUGCGUGUGUCCAGCCAUGUCCACCUUAGUCACGCUCCUCGUUCACACCUCAAGAGGACAGGAAGGGCAGUUGUCACCAGAGCAGUGGCAAAGGAUGUACGGGCGCUGCUCCGGCAAUGAGGUCUACCACAUCCGAUUGUGUGACAGCAAGUUUUUCGGGGAGUAUGAUGGAAAGAGCUUCACUUACGCCUCCUUCCAUGCUCAUAAGAAGUAUGGCGUGUGCCUGAUCGGCGUCAAGCGGGAGGACAACAAGAGCAUCCUGUUGAACCCCGGCCCGCGCCACAUCAUGGCUGCCACCGACACCUGCUACUACAUCAACAUCACCAAGGAGGAGAACUCUGCCUUUAUCUUCAAACAGGAGGAGAAGCACAACAAGAGCCUGUCCGUCUCUGGUCUUUACGACGCCCCCACCAGGCUGCCCGUGCACAGCAUCAUUGCCAGCAUGGUUGAUCAGGCCACUUCAUAUGGAACCGUAGCCAUCGACCUCCAGAACUCGGAUCCCCCCGAAGAAACCAGCAAGCUAACCUUACCGACGGAGAACGGCGCCGGAAGCCGCAGGCCGAGCAUCGCGCCCGUCCUCGAGAUCGCGGACUCCUCCACUAUUCUGCCAUGCGACCUCCUUAGCGACCAGUCCGAGGACGAGACCAACCAAUCGGACGAGGAGGGCUCUGUCGGGUCCGAUUUUGUGAAGGGCUACCCUCCCAACUCUCCCUAUAUUGGCAGCUCUCCAACGUUGUGCCACCUCCUUCCGCAAAAAGCUCCAUUUUGCUGCCUGCGCCUCGACAAGGGCUGUACACACAACAGCUUUGAAGACGCCAAAGCGUAUGGGUUCAAGAAUAAGCUGAUUAUCGUGUCUGCUGAGACGGCGGGAAACGGUUUAUACAACUUCAUCGUGCCCCUGCGAGCGUACUAUCGACCCCGAAAGGAGCUCAACCCCAUUGUGCUUCUGCUGGACUACCAGCCAGACAACCACUUCUUAGAGGCCAUUUGCUGCUUCCCGAUGGUCUACUUCAUGGCCGGCACCAUCGAUAACCUGGACAAUCUGCUGCAGUGUGGAAUCAUCUACGCUGACAACUUGGUGGUUGUGGACAAGGAGAGCACCAUGAGUGCCGAGGAGGACUACAUGGCUGAUGCCAAGACCAUAGUCAAUGUCCAGACUAUGUUCAGACUGUUUCCGAGCCUCAGCAUCAUCACUGAGCUCACGCAUCCAUCCAAUAUGAGGUUCAUGCAGUUCAGAGCCAAGGACUGCUACUCGCUCGCUCUGUCCAAACUGGAGAAGGUGAGCAAGCCAAAUAGUAACAGGACUACAAAAAAAAUCCAGACACACUUUAGUAUAAUCUCAUUUUGGCCUUUAUUUUUCCAGAUAGAACGAGAUAAGGGCUCCAAUCUGGCCUUCAUGUUCCGGUUGCCAUUUGCAGCAGGCAGAGUGUUCAGUAUCAGCAUGCUGGAUACGCUGCUUUACCAGUCAUUUGUGAAGGACUACAUGAUAGCGAUCGCCAGACUUCUUCUUGGUCUGGACACGACACCGGGUUCCGGGUAUCUGUGCGUUAUGAAGAUCACAGAGGAGGACCUGUGGAUCAGAACGUACGGCAGACUCUUCCAAAAACUCUGUUCCUCCAGCGCCGAGAUCCCCAUCGGGAUCUACCGCACCGAGUCCCACAUGUUCUCCACAUCCGAGUGCAAGGACAGUUACGUUCAGGUAAGAUUGGCCUGUCAGCCCGUCCCACCCUGCUCGAAGUGUACAAGAAAUGCAACAUGGCCAUUAGCUGGAUCCCAUAGUAGCGUUCGAAGAGGUUCUUUUCCAUCCCAGUCUCAGGUGUCCAUCAACGUGGAGCAGGAUGAGGAGCACCGCGACCGCAAGGAAUCGUGGAAGGAGAAGACAGCGCACCGGAACUCCAGCGCCAGCGAGCAGUCGGAGCACCCGCUGCUGAGGAAGAAGAGCAUGCAAUGGGCGCGGCGCCUGAGCCGAAAGAACACCAACAAGCCAUCCAGCCGGGCCGAGCGCAUCUCGCAGCAGCGCCUCAACCUGUACCGCCGCUCCGAGCGCCAGGAGCUGUCCGAGCUGGUCAAGAACCGCAUGAAGCACCUGGGCCUGCCCACCGUUGGAUACGAGGAUGUUUCUAAUCUCACUGCAAGCGAUGUCAUGAAUCGAGUAAAUCUAGGAUAUUUGCAAGAGUUGCAGGACAUAUCAGAGCAGCCGUAUACAGACGGGACCCGGCCGUCAGACGAGAUGAACGACCACCAGAACACGCUGUCCUACGUCCUCAUCAACCCUCCUCCGGACACCAUGCUGGAGCUCAACGACAUCGUGUACAUCAUCCGGUCUGACCCGCUGGCGCACAUGCCCGAGGAGUCCCAAGUGGCUCAGAGUCUGAGCACUCGGAACCAGACGCACUUUGUCACAGAAACCAGAGAUGAGACGCACCUAUAAGCCCCCCGACAAACACACACAAAGCAGCCUGACGUUUGCUGUGCGUUUCCACUGAGCCGCCGCUGCGAGAGGAUGCAUGAAGAGUGCCUCAUCAUCGUCACGCGUCAAUAACACACCUCACAUAGCUGACUAACACUGGAGGAUAGCAGCGGUGGGCAACCGAGGGCUUGUGGGAAAUGGGUACGGCAUUUAAUCUGGCCCACCGUGCUAUUAUUAAAAACAAGUAAAACCUCAGCGGAACUGUUAUAAAAUGUUCCUUACAUACAAUAACUCACAAAAAGUUAGGGAUAUUGGACUUUCUUCAAUUUUAGGAUGAACCUAAAAUGCACUAGUGAUAUCUUGACCUAUGAGUUCAAUUUUUUCUGUGACCAUGCUCGUAACUGAAAUACAGUGGUGCCUUGAGAUAAGAGUUCCCUGACUGAGUUAGGAGUUUUUCGAGAUACAACAACACAAGCAGCAGUUUGGCAGAUAGUGAACAAUUCUUCUUCAAGACUUCAAACUUUUUAAUCCACUCCCAAUUGAGGUAUACUGUCAAACUAAACAAAGAAAAUUACAUUACCUGUAUUUAAAGCAACCACCUGAAACUGUGAAGCAAGACACAGAGAUAACAAUACUCACAUGCAUGUAUUCUUUAUCCUCUGCGAAGAACAUCUAUUGCUGCAACUUUCUGAGGUGCUGAGACCGUCUCCAUGUACAGUAUAUUGGUAUGUCUGUAUUAUACUGUACCCUUGUAGCCAAGGAAUGCACACCAUAAGGAGCGGCACAAUGUCCAUUGAAUUGAAGCAAAACAGUCAAAAAAACUGUUCAAAUUUAUUUACAUUCUAUUGUUGCUGUGUUUUGGGGAGGCUGGAAAAAAAUAAUGGCAUUUUCAUUCAUUUCAAUGGAGAAAGGUGAUUUGAGAUAAGAGUGAGUUAAAUUAUGAACUUGGUCACUGAACAAAUUAAACGAUUUCCGAUGACUUCAAGCUUUGAUUCAAUGGGUCUCAUCCACUUCUUCUGAGCACUCCCUUUUCUUUGGGCCCAGGUAUUGAAAAAAGACAUCUGGUAAAGUACCUGUACAAAACAAACGGAAAAUGCGAGCACAGAAAACAACAUCUCUCUUCUGUCACUGGCGGUAACUGUGCGAACUGAUGGCGGCCCGAUGUUGAACUUUUCUGCCACCGCCGAGUGGCGGAAUGUCUAAAGUGCAAUUUUGCUGGCAACACAAAAGUUUGAAGAUGGUCAAAUCACCUGUAAAGGUUACAGUUAAUACAGUUUAUCGUAAAAUUUUCCCCAAAAGCCCAAUAUUGCUGACAUGAAGUUAAAUGUCAGCAUUAUAUAAUAGAUUUAGAGUGCACACGCACACUUUGUGGCCUUGUGUUUGUGGGGCAGCCGACAUUUUAAUUCACAAGAUCGCAACACUCAUGUGGUUCCUACGAAUCUUUGUAUUAGAACUCCUUGUAUUACAUUGCUUAGUAGUAAACAUUUUCAUUUAGGAGCACAAGCGUCUUACACCUCCUCUCUGUAGGGGGCGCAAUUGACUGUCAAAAAAGUGGUCAUCAUGGCAGGGUGGUGGGCUGUCCCCAUGACUUGGUUAAAUGGUGACUGAGCGGUCACCUUGGCAACAACCCGCUGUAUCGGACCCCCGACGGGAGCGGCGUUGAAUCACUGGAAAUGUUUACGGGACUCUCUCAGCGCCCCCGCUGGCGAUCAGAAUGCACACACGUCUGAGGGAAAGACUUUUUACUAAGUGGCGCUUAUCAGCCAUCGUGUGUGUGUGUGUGUGUUUUUUUUAAGUGUUUCUAAACAUAUUUUUUGCUCUGCUGAGAACGGUAUUAUGUUUCUUUUUAAGUGUCCUCAAAUGAUCUGCUGUUUGUGCCAUUAUUUAUAAAUGUAAAUACUUUUUUGUACACUAUGUGCCAUUUGUCAUGCAGUUUUGGGGAUAUCAGAGCCUGGCCAACUUUUUGGCAUCAUUUUUUUUCUUAUCAUACAUGACAUGUCAGUCAUAAACAUUGGAAAGUGCCAGUUUUAGAAGCUUUAUGAUGUGACUCUUAGUACAGGUUACGCUAUUAAUGCCAAGUUUCUCUGAACAGGAUCAGUUUUGGAAAACACUGAACUCUUCGAGCAGGCGCUCGCGCAGAGCCAGGGAGAGUAUCCGGAGGGGCUGCACUGGAGCUCGACAUCAACAAAAGCUCCAUUCAGCAGAUGAGAUCAAACUUUACAUAGACUGACUUCAGGUUGAUUGCAGGCUUCAAGCAGAAUAUGGUGACCAACAACUUUCCCAUGCUUUGCGCAAACGCCUGCUCUAAGAGUUUUGAGUUUGAAUCCGUGGUGAUAGUAGCACCGCUUUCUGCUGCGGGGUUUGUAAACAACAGAUGCUGUUUCAAGAAACUCGCCAUACAGUAGAGAGCGCAAAUGACGCUACACGCUGGAGCAGUGCGAAGGCCGUAAAGCUUCUCAAACUGGAGCUGAACUGCAGUCGGGGAUAGGAAAAUUUCUGGCUUUUGAGGUUCCACCAUAAUUAAAAAAAAAAAAAAAAAAAAAAAAGUCAAACAUAUUUAUCAGUCUUAAACACAAAUCCCAAAAUUGCUGUUUAUUUCCCCUGGUAAAACACCCAUGUAGCUUGUUCGUUUGCAGAUCCAGCCUGCCAUUCGUGUGACUUGUAAAUGUCAAAUGUUUAAAAGAAAAUUGUCCGCCUUGUCUUUGCAUUAAUCUUGCCUGUCAAAAAUACCAGUGUUGUUAGUCCGGUCAGGCUCUUAAUUCCUUUAUUCAACUUGAAUUAUGACUGACUGAGGACAUAAGGUUUGUUUAUUUAUCGUGAUGAUCCACUCUCAAGGUCUCAGAUAUGAUUGUUUCCUUCAUCGGUGUACAUAACUUUAUAUGUGCGCUCGUUUCCCCUACAAUGAGAGGCGAAAGACGACUAUUUUUGCACUAAAAGAAUAUUUACGGCAUGACCCUUUAAACUCCAAACUCAUCAGUACCGUUGUUCUUCGGGAACAUUUCGCACGUUUUGCUUUCAUCGCAGGCAAAUGUGAACACCAAACACACUUGAUUUGUAUUUUUUUUUUUUUUUUUUGUAUUUUAAAAAAGGCCCAACUUUAUCAUUGGGCCCUUUUAAGUUGAGGUAGCCGAGGAGUUGAAAUCCUCCAAACAUUCCACGGUGGUCCACAUCACAUGUACUUUUCUCCACUGUCAAAGGGCAUGUUCAAGGGAUUUUAAACAAACAGCAUGUUGUUUUUUUUAAUAUACAAGCUUGCCAAGAACAAAAUAAGUGUACCCAUUAGCCAAUGUCAAAUCUGCCAUUUGAUACGCAGUCUUUCUUGAAAUGGAAAUGGAACAUGCAUGUUGUUUACGUGUCAGCAGCCUGCGUGUCAUGUCUGCCACGUUUGUGUUCAACCACAUCCAUUUUGUACUAUUUUUCCUAUAAUGGGAAGGUCAACUUUGAAGGUGAACAACAAAUAAAAGCUGCAUGCAGCCGUG